GCUCUCUAGCCUGUAUGACGCGGUGCUUCGGGUUCUGGCCGCCAUCUGCGCACCACUGGUACUGCGGACUGAUCACCCGUCAGCAGAUUCUCCAACUAACCGGACGCUGUGCUUCGGGUUCUGACCGCCAGUCUGCGUACCACACUGGUACUGCGGAUCAUCUAUCUUCGGUCUGCAGGCUCUCUAGCCUGUACGACGUGGAGCUUCGGGUUCUGGCCGCCAGUCUGCGUACCACACUGGUACUGCGGAUCGACUAUCUUCGGUCUGCAGGCUCUCUAGCCUGUAUGACGUGGAGCUUCGGGUUCUGGCCGCCAUCUGCGCACCACUGGUACUGCGGACUGAUCACCCGUCAGCAGAUUCUCCAACUAACCGGACGCUGUGCUUCGGGUUCUGACCGCCAGUCUGCGUACCACACUGGUACUGCGGAUCGACUAUCUUCGGUCAGCAGGCUCUCUAGCCUGUAUGACGUGGUGCUUCAGGUUCUGGCCGCCAGUGUGCGCACCACACUGGUACUGCGGAUCAUCUAUCUUCGGUCUGCAGGCUCUCUAGCCUGUAUGACGUGGUGCUCCGGGUUCCGGCCGCUAGUCUGCGCACCACUGGUACUGCGGACUGAUCACCCGUCAGCAGAUUCUCCAACUAACCGGACGCUGUGCUUCGGGUUCUGACCGCCAGUCUGCGUACCACACUGGUACUGCGGAUCAUCUAUCUUCGGUCUGCAGGCUCUCUAGCCU